AUGCUCAAGCAACUCAUCCUCAUUGCGCCGCUUCUGGUGCAAGCACUUGCUGUGCCUGCAGUGGAGCCCAGACACCAACAUCUUCAUGGACACAUCGAACAUACACAUGGGACCAAGACCAAGAUGACCACGUCUGUCCGUCGUGAAACAGAACAAACCGCCGCACCGCAGUUCAUUCCUCCCAAGAUGCCUUACGCACUUGACCCUAACACCAAAAUCCGCAAGACCACCACUACCGCCGCUGAUUCGAACAAUCCUAAAGAGACUAUCGUCCCUGAGUUCAUCCCACCUAAGAUGCCUUUCGUAGCAAAAGCAUCUUGGCAAAAGUCAACUAAGGACCAGGACAGCUCCGACAAGUCCGCUUCGGUUGCAUCUGUGAAGAAGAAGACGGUUGUCAAGGUUCAGGACGAAGAAGACGACAGUGAUGACAAACAGCCAACUUUCAUCCCGCCUAGGGCGCCUUUCCGAGGAUCUCGCAAGCCUCAACAGAGUCAAGCUGCCACUCCUCGGGAUACAGUUCCCCAGUUUAUUCCUCCGCGAAACCCCUGGGCACAGUCUAAGCACAACACUCGUUCUACGGAGAGUGAUGACCAGGACAUUUCGCAAGAAACUGCCAUUCCUGAUUCUGACCAGCGAGCUGCCAGUGGCGAUGAUGAAGUCGUUCCGGCACCUGAGCUCCUCAAGCGUGAUGAGGGAGGUGCAGAUAACGAAUUCUUCGAUGAGGAGGAUGAGGACGACUACAACCCUGAGGAUUUCCCUAACCUGGGCGGCCUCGAACAAGACGAGGACGGUUCUGAUGAAUCUGAGAAUACUCCUGCCGGAAACACAUCUGAGCAGGCAAGUCAGAACCCCGAGUCUGCCGAUGCCCAUGAUGAUAGCAGCGUAAAGAACUACUUUGGUGGUGACUUUGAUGAUGAGGAUGACGCCAACAACGCACCUACUCGCCUAGAGGCUCGGGGUGCUGGAAAGCGGAACAUCCUCUACUUCACAAACUGGGGUACCUAUGGGGCGAACUUCCAGCCCCAAAAUCUGCCGGUGAAGCAGAUCACACAUGUUCUAUACUCCUUUGCUAAGGUUAACCCUAAAGACGGAACUGUGUUUUCAUCAGACUCUUACGCUGACACCGAAAGACUCUAUAGUGGUGACUCUGAUAAUGGUGGAAAGAACGUUUAUGGAUGUGUUAAACAGCUUUACAUUCUUAAGAAGAAGAACCGAAAUUUAAAGGUGCUACUUUCAAUCGGCGGCUGGAAUAACAGUCCAGAUCUCGCCACUGGUGUGAGCACACAGGACCGUCGCAAGAAGUUCAUCUCUUCCGCCAUAAAACUAAUUACUGACUGGGGCUUCGAUGGAAUUGAUGUCGAUUGGGAAUACCCUGCCAAUGCCCAAGAAGCUCGCAACUAUGUCUUGAUACUCUCGGGCCUCAGAAAAGCCCUCGACCAGUUCUCAAAGAACAACAAACUGAACUACCAUUUUAUGCUUACUGUUGCUACAUCAGCCGGUCCGGCAAACUAUAAAGUCAUGGAUUUGAAAGGAAUGAACCCAUGGAUUGACGCCUGGCACCUCAUGGCGUACGACUAUGCUGGCUCCUGGGAUACUACCACCGGUCAUCAGGCCAACGUUUUCGUUUCAAAGAAGAACCCUCUUUCAACAAAACUUGGCACUGACAAGACAAUUAACGAUUACCUCGCGGCGGGAGUUCCGCCAAACAAGAUUCUCAUGGGUAUGCCCCUUUACGGGAGAUCAUUCCUGAAGACCUCUGGACUUGGCAAAUCCUACUCAGGUGUUGGCGGCAACUCUGAGGGAACUUACCUAUACAAGGAUUUGCCACGUUCUGGUGCCAAAGCUACCUACAAUGCAGACCUCGUAGCCAGCUAUUCAUAUGACAGCAAGACGCGGGAGCUUAUUACUUACGAUGAUCUCAAAUCUGGUCAGGCCAAAGCCGCUUAUAUCAACCAGCGAAACCUUGGUGGUGCUUUCUUUUGGGAGGCGAGUGGAGAUAAGAUUGGAUCCCAGAGCAUCGUUUCUGGUGUAAAGCGCACAUUGGGCACCCUGGAGACGGUCAACAAUCUUUUGAAAUACCCUACGAGUGCAUACGCCAACAUACGAGCUGGAAUGCCGUCUUGA